CUGAUCUUCCUGCUUUAAAAGUUUACUGUCAGUCUGGGUGUCUCCCACUGCCCACUGUCUUUGAACAUCUCCACUGAAGACCAGCCGGAGCACCGACCAGACAUCCACUGCUGCAGUCAUUAUGCUCAAUUAUUAAUAGCAAAGGCGUGUUUCCCUUUAUGACAGUGAUUUUUCAUUGAUAUUAUAAUCUUUUAGUUAUAAAGAGCACAGAUCAGAAACUCGGAGCUGAACAUCUUGUUUGCAUCAGUCGGAGGACAAGGCAUUACCUUAAAAAGAGACCAAAUCCAAAAAGAGAAGAUCAUCUGGUGAUAUAAGGAGGAUCAUAUUGGACAGUUUAUUGGCUCAGUCGCAACACUUAUGGAAAUUCCAGUGACUUGUGCCGUGGUCUUCCUGCUGGUUUUUGGUGGGGCCUGCUGUGUGGAUGGCCGCCAGGAAGCCUCUAACGCAGACACCUCCAAGGGUGAUGCAGGUCAGAAAAGGCCGUCUCGAGCAACAGAGAAUAAGCCAAGCCGCUGUUCCUACACUUUCAUCGUACCUCAACAGAAGUUAACGGGGGCGCUUUGCGUGAGCACCGAGACGGCUCGUGUCAACCGCUCUGAGAUGGCGUCCCUGCGCGCGCUGCUGGACCGGCAGCAGGAACAGCUGGACACAGUGCGUGGGCAGCUGGAGCAGGAGGGCGCACUGGCUAAUGAGAUGAGAGUUCUGCGCAGGGAGAGCGUCAACAUGAACGCCCGCAUCACCCAACUCUACGCCCAACUGCUGAAUGAGAUCAUCCAGAAGAAGGAUCAGGCUUUGGAGCAACGGAGGCUCGAGAGUUUGGUACUUAAUGCAACAGCCCAGGUGCUUCAGGUGUCCAGCAGUUACAGAGACCUGGAAAAGAAGCAUGAUGCACUCACUUCUCUAGUGAGCAACCAGAGCCAACUAAUCACACAUCUGGAGAAACAGUGCCAGCUCAAGAACCCCACUAAAGCACCGCAGGAAACCACAUCACUUCCGGUUCAACAGUCUAGUGGGUUGGUGAAUGUGAACACAGAGCCUAAAGAAGUUGCCAGCAAUGUCCAAAGAGACCAAAGUGCCCCUUUGCACCAGGAACAGAGUCCUCCAGAACUGCUGGAGACCUUUGAUGGCUUGCCCAGUCUGCCAACAGACACACCUUUCACCAGUUACCCCGUGACUAAAUCUCCAGGGCCGUGGAAUGACUGUCAUCAUGUGCUGGAGUCAGGAGAGAAGACCAGCGGCAUCUACCUGUUGCGACCGCGCAAUACUAAUACACUUCUGCAGGCCUGGUGUGACCAGAGCAGAGCUCAGGGUGGCUGGACCGUUAUCCAGAGGAGACAGGAUGGCUCUGUCAACUUCUUCAGGACCUGGGAACAGUAUAAGCAAGGCUUUGGGAAUCUGGAUGGAGAAUACUGGCUGGGUUUGGAGCACCUGUACUGGCUCACCUCUCAGGCCACCUACAAGCUGCGAGUAGCCAUGGAAGACUGGCAAGGACGACAGGCGUUUGCAGAGUACGACAGCUUUCAGGUGGAACCAGAGAGUGACUGGUAUCGUCUACGAUUAGGCAGUUAUCAAGGCAACGCAGGAGACUCACUUUCAUGGCACAACAAUAAAGCGUUCACCACUCUGGACCGCGAUAAGGAUGCUUAUUCAGGUAACUGUGCUCAUUACCAGAAGGGCGGCUGGUGGUACCACAUGUGUGCCCACUCCAACUUGAAUGGGGUGUGGUAUAGAGGAGGCCAUUACAGAGGUCGAUACCAGGAUGGUGUUUACUGGGCAGAACUCCACGGAGGCUCAUACUCCCUAAAGAAAGUGGCCAUGAUGAUCAAACCUGCAUUACCGUCGCCAUUGCUUAUCACCUGCUUGACAAUGCUUCUGCUUCAGCCGUUGAUCGGUCUCUUGCUGAUCAGCCUUGCUCAUGGCGGCUACUGCCCCAUUUUGUUCAGUCCUCUUGAUGUGGUGGUUGAAUAUGGAGCUUCUUUUUCAGUGAACUGCUUCGUCAACAGCAUCACACAUCAGUUUGGUUUGAGCUGGGAGGGAUUUGAUGACACAAUGGAGGACAGUGAAGAGAUCUCCAGAAUUGUGGAUAAAGUGACAGACUGGGAGAUGAAUGUAACGUGUUACAUGUACUCUAAUGAAACACAGUGUUCACAGGAUCUUCCAAUUACUAUUUACAAGACUCCAGACAGUGUGUUCAUCAGUGUGAAUCACAAUGGACCAAUGAAGGAGGGAGAGCCGUAUGAGCUCCAGUGUGACGUUCACAAUGUGGCUCCUGUUCAGAAUCUCACUGUCAACUGGUACAAAGGACAGACUCUGCUGGAUCAAACCACCUUCACUGACACUAGCGAGACUCCAGUGAAUAAAACAGCCACACUCCUGAUCCGUCCAGACAGAGCUGAUGAUGGAGCUCAAUACAGGUGUGAAGCAGAGCUGGAUCUGGGAGCAGAAGGACCUCCUAAUUCUACAGAAUCAGCUCUCAAUGCUGAAGUUUACUAUAAACCACAACACUCCAGUUCAACAGAGACCAUCAUUAAAGACGACAAGGUCAUGCUAGAUUGUACAGUGAAGGCAAACCCGGCUUCUACGUACACAUGGGAUCAUCUGAAAGAGAAGAACAGCUCCUCAGUGCUCAAGUCCUCAGCACUCAGUCCAGGAAACUACACAUGCACCGCCACAAACGCUCUGGGAAGAGACAGCAAAGUGUUCAUCGUCAAAGACAGUCGAUGUCCUGUUCAAAUCAUCCCAUGGAGAGCUGUUGUGAGGUACGGCGACAAUGUUUCUGCUGACUGCAAAACUUCAGUCCUGCAUAAAGGGAUGGGAUGGGAAGCCAGUGAGGGAGGAGUGCCCAUGACCAAAAACCAGAGUCUGAUCACAUGGAGAGUGUCAGAACUGACAGAAUGGGACAUAAAGCCAUUCUGCUACAUAAACUAUAAAAUAGGCGAUGAGGAUCAGUGUCUAGUAGAGCUCCCAGUCACUGUUUACAAGACUCCAGACAGUGUGUUCAUCAGUACUGUGAAUCACAAUGGACCAAUGAAGGAGGGAGAGCUGUAUGAGCUCCAGUGUGACGUUCACAAUGUGGCUCCUGUUCAGAAUCUCACUGUCAACUGGUACAAAGGACAGACUCUGCUGGAUCAAACUACCUUCACUGACACUAGCGAGACUCCAGUGAAUGAAACAGCCACACUCCUGAUCCGUCCAGACAGAGCUGAUGAUGGAGCUCAAUACAGGUGUGAAGCAGAGCUGGAUCUGGGAGCAGAAGGACCUCAACCUCAUCCUACAAUUUCAUCAAAUCCUCUCAGCAUUGCUGUAUAUUUUGCUCCACAAAUUCAAUUUUGUAGCGACUGGUCACCAUUGACAGAGACCUCAUUGGAUUCAUAUCCUUCAAAUUUACAUUCUGUCGAGGGUAAACCUCGUCCAGACAUCUCCUGGAGACACAAAUCAUCAUCAGUCAAUUCCUCUAUGCCUCUUACCAGAUAUGAUUCUGGCCUAUAUGAAAUCAUUGCCAGGAAUGACCUUAGUACUGUCAGCUGUUCCAUGAACAUAACAGUCGAGUAUCCUCCAGAACUGAACUGCGACAAGAGCUAUGAAGUAAAAGAAAAAACACUCUUCAAACUUCCUUGCAUAGCCGAUGGAUUACCAAAGCCUGAAUGUUUCCUCUACAAAAAUGGAAAAAUUAUCCAGCAUGACUUUUAUCCCAAUUGGAAUGAUAGUGGCUGGUAUCAAUUAACUGCACAUAACCAACGCGGAACUAGUAAUUCUACAUUCACCAUCAACAUCCUAUAUGCCCCAGUGUUUUAUGACAGCCAAGAGAAAUUUGUUGUGGGAGAAGACAGCAAUAUAACGCUAGAGUGCUACUUGACUGGUAACCCAGAACCUGAGGUGUGGUGGAGCUUCAAAAAUAGGAACAUCUCCACUGGGAGGCGCCACAUAAACAUUGAGAGAGCCACGUCUACCAGUGCUGGAGAUUAUACAUGCAGUGCCACGAAUAAAUUUGGACGCAGUGACAAGACCUUUAUAGUGGAGAUAAAGGGUGUGGGCUAUGACUUUCCCUACUACAUUCUAAUUGGUUUAGGAGUAUGUGUACUGCUUGUUUUAAUUAUCCUUUUAGUGGUCUUAAUGUGGAGAAGGAGAAAAUCAAGAGGACAUUAUGAAAUACAGUCAGAAAUGCAGCCGUUAAGCAAUGGGGGCCUUAAGUGAGUUUUAUCUUGUUUUAAUAAGUUGAAAUAUGCUUACAUUGAAAAAAGACAAUAUACUGAACAUCAUUGAGGUUACAAUAAAUAAAUACAUUCUAUAAAUGUCUGUGGUGUAACGUGUGAAAGCUAAUACUGUACAGCAUGCAAAGCGCUUGUGUGACUAGGCCUAUAUGAUAUGGAUGAUAUUUCAGUGACAAGGAAGAAUGUUUAAGACGAGUA